CCAGAUCUCCCUCCCUCCUGCCCUCUCUCCUCCCAGCGUCCCGCCCAGCACACGCUGACCAAGGGACACACCCUUUUGCAUCGACGCAGACAGGGCGUUGUUCCGGUUAAAGGGGAACGCGGCAGCCUCCCCCAGGCCCCUUGCUUGGCGCGCAGUCCCUAAGUGCAGCAGUCUUUGGGGACGCUAGCAGCCCAGCGAACGCACCCGAGUUCUGUGCCCGAAGCCACUCAACUCUGAGGAUUGAGGACAUCUAUCCCUUUGGGCUGCAAAAACUCCGCUGAGCCGAACGAACUGCCAGAAUGCUCCUCCUGUUGCUGAGUAUCAUCAUCCUCCACGUCGCGGUCCUGGUGCUGCUGCUGGUGUCCACGAUCGUCAGCCAAUGGACGGUGGGCCACCAACAUUCGACCGACCUCUGGCAGAACUGUAGCACCACCUCGAGCAACAUCUACCACUGUUUCUCAACAUCAACAAACGAAUGGCUGCAGUCUGUCCAGGCCACCAUGAUUUUGUCCAUCAUCUUCAGUGUUCUGUCCCUGUUCCUGUUCUUCUGCCAGCUCUUCACCCUCACCAAAGGGGGCCGGUUUUACAUCACUGGGGUCUUCCAAAUCCUUGCUGGUCUGUGCGUGAUGAGCGCGGCGUCCAUUUACACCGUGAAGCACACAGAAUGGCAGUUCAACUCAGGCAAUUCCUACGGCUUCGCCUACAUCCUGGCCUGGGUGUCCUUCCCCCUGGCCCUUCUCAGCGGUGUGGUCUAUGUCAUCUUGCGGAAGCGCGAAUGAGGUGCCCAGACGGCGGGUCUGCGGCGCGGAGGCUCUGAGCAUGCGCAGGGAAGGGAGGCCAGAAACCACAACCCCGAAGAGUCAAAAAGAGCUAGCCAAAAUUCCCAAACUCAAACCAAACCAAACUGAGAGCAGUUAGGGGGUGGGGGGGAGAGGGUUAGUGCUGAUUGAAGAUGUAUAUAAUAUCUACGGUUUAUAAAACCUAUUUAUAACACUUUUUACAUAUAUGUACAUAGUAUUGUUUGCUUUUUAUGUUGACCAUCAGCCUCGUGUUGAAUCGUAAAGUAGCUAAGGAACUUUACAUCCUAACCGUGUAAUCAAGCUCAGUAUUUUUGUUUUAUUUGUUGUCUGUUUUGCCCAGAAAUAAAAUAACUCCAUCUUGCCCCUCUUCCCUUUCAUUUGAAAGAAGAUACCUCCCUCCCACUCCACCUCAUUUAGAAAACCAAAGUGUGGGUAGAAACCCCGAAUGGCCAAAGCCUUUUCUUCCUGGGUGGCCAGCGCAUCACCCAGAGACACGCCCUGCCCACACCCGCGGAAAGCUAGUGCGCGCGGGCCCCAACUGCAGACCUCGGCAAAAUCCCCCGCGCGGCCGAGCCACUCUGCCCUUGAGGGCGGGAGUCCGGUCACGCGUCUCCAUGAGAAAUCGGUGAGAACAAACCUACGAAAUGGUGCUAUGUCUCUACCAUUCCUUAUUAUAACUAAUCAUCUAAACUACUCACUGGAAAUUCAAUUAACAAUUUUACAACGUAGAGUGGAGACCUGAAUAAUUCUAUGUAAUAUAAAUGGUUUAUAACCGCCUCUGUACCUAGCUGGGCUGCUAGUGCUACUAUGAGCGAGAAAUACUACACAGCCUUUAUGACGCCCACAUUUCUCUUCCGGUCGGAGUGUCAGGAAAAGUCUCUGCCCUUGGGAUGUACAUUCCCUGGGCACGCCCAGCUACUCACUCAGCUGGGUCUAGACUGUUCUCUGCCUCCAAGGACUGUCUGGCAAUGACUUGUAUUGGCCACCAAACUGUAGAUGUAUAUACGGUGCCUUUUUGAUGCUAAGACUCCAGACCUUUUAUUUUUUUGCUUCGCUUUUUCUGAUUUUAUACCAACUGUGUGGACUAAGAUGCGUUAAAAUAAACAUCAGAGUAACUCACUGA